AUGCCGAAACUGCUCGUAGGUUACUUUGGAUCCUUGUCAGGUUCGUGGGUGGAGGACCAACACUUCGACCGCGAAGUUUUCACCACGGCCCUGGGACUGGAAGCUAACAUUGAAGGUCUGAGCGGGGAUGCGUUGGUAGCUGCCCUAACACGCGUGUGCUACGCCACCAUCCCGAGGAAAGCCCUGCCGAGAAAUGGCAGACGCCAGGUAUACUGGGGUAGCAUCGACAAAAGCAUCCAGAACAAAGAGAAUGCUGAUGAAAUUAGAUCUGAGGUAUCCAACGCGAUCGUCAAUUAUAUAAAUUAUCAUCAACAACCUAGGCACCCGUCUGAAGAAUGGAUUCAAAAAGAAGCCGACAAAUGCGGAAAAUUUCUCAAAGAGAACCAAAAUCUGGUAAUCACGAAAGCGGAUCAAGUUAAUUCGGUCUUCGGGUGGGUGCUGUCUGGUCGCACCACACAAAGCCGGCAAGAAGCACCCGUCCAUUGUAACGUAGCUACUGUCGCUGAUCUACACAACUACAUGGAAAAGUUCUGGAAAGUUGAAGAGAAUCCAACUGCUACAAACUAUUCCCCGGACGAAACAGCCUGCGAAACUUUCUUCCAACGCACUGUUACUCGUGAUUCCUCGGGUCGAUAUAUAGUACGCCUUCCAUUCAAGCAGUCAGUCGUUCAACAACUUGGGGAAAAUUGUAAAUCGGCAUUGCAUCGUUUUCGAAUGUUGGAGAAUCGACUAUCUCGUGAUGCUAAGAUCGCUCAACAAUAUCGGGACUUUAUGACCGAAUAUUUGCAACUGGGUCACAUGGUGCCACUCAGUAGUUUAGGAGAAGAAAUCCAUCCGAAGUACUAUUUGCCACAUCAUCCAGUGGUAAAAGAGAGUAGCACUACAACAAAGCUGCGCGUCGUUUUUGAUGCUUCUAGCAAAACAAGCACCGGCAUCUCCCUAAACGAUACCCUCCUCGUUGGUCCAAUCGUGCAAGACGAUUUGCGAUCAAUUGUCAUGCGAUCACGUACUCAAGAAAUUAUUCUCGUUGCGGAUGCAGAAAAAAUGUACCGCCAGGUGCGGCAUGCUUUUGAUGACUAUGCAUAUUUAUGCAUAUACUGGCGGCAAUCUCCGGAUCAACCAAUCGAAACAUUUGUUCUCCAAACGGUGACAUACGGAACCGCUUCGGCUCCCUUUCUGGCCACCCGGGUACUGAUGCAGUUGGCAAGCGACGAGACACUGAACUUCCCAUUAGAGGCGAGAGUAAUGGAGAAAGGUUUUUACGUCCAUAACCUUUUUACCGGAGCGGCAACAGUAGGAAAGGCUAUCGAGCUACGAGAGCAACUUGAUGGUAUGCUGCGGCAGCUGCCCAAAGGAGAAUUUCAAAUGAGAAAGUGGGCGUCUAAUUGCGAAGCUGUUCUGGAAGGUAUUUCGCCUAAGAAUCGAGCUCUUCAGCACUCAAUCGACUUUGAUCGAGACCAAACGAUCAAAACACUUGGUCUGCAUUGGGAACCGGGUACUGAUGUUCUUAAAUACAAAAUCGACCUACACCUGCCACCCAACACUACUCUCACUAAGCGUCUUACGCUUUCUUUCAUCGCUCAGCUCUUCGAUCCAUUGGGCUUAGUUGGGCCUGUCGUCGUUACAGCUAAGGCUUUCAUGCAAACGCUCUGGACUCUCAGAGACGAAAAUGGAGAGGUUUGGGAAUGGGAUCGUGAACUUCCAGUCAGUUUGAGAGACCGGUGGAUCGCUUACCACACAGAUCUUCCUGUACUCAACGAAUUGAGAAUCAAUCGUUUCGCACUUUUGCAAGCAUGCAAUAAAAUUGAGCUCCAUGUGUUUUCGGAUGCGUCCGACAUUGGAUUCGGAACUUGUGCCUACCUGAGGUCUACUGACAUCCAAGGUCGAAUCAAAGUUGCUUUGCUGACCUCAAAAUCCCGAAUCGCUCCUUUGAAAAAGCAAACAACACCACGGCUAGAAUUGUGUGGUGCUCUACUUUCUGCCGAGUUGUACCAACGCAUCGCCGCUUCCCUGCAGCAUUCUUUCACCACAAGUUUUUGGACAGAUUCCAUGACCGUCAUUAAUUGGUUGAAGGCAACACCCUCCACUUGGACUACCUUCGUGGCAAACAGAGUGUCCAAAAUUCAAAACGCCACUCAAAAUUGUAAUUGGAACCACAUCGCAGGACUCGAUAAUCCGGCAGAUGUUAUUUCCCGUGGUUGCCUAGCAUCAGAACUAAUCCACAACAAGCUUUGGUGGGGUGGCCCAGAAUGGUUGCAGAAGAAAAAGGAUUACUGGCCUGUUUCUGGACAGCAGUGUGGAUCGACUGAUCAAAGCAGCAUUGAGCGAAGGAAAACUGUCGCAGUUUUAGUAUCGGCUACUACUACACCCUCGUUUCUCGACGAAUACGUUGCCAAUUUCUCUAAUUACACGAAGAUGAUUCGAAUCACAGCUUAUUGGCGGCGAUUCUUCUCAUUGCUACGAACACGGAAGGAAAAUAUUACAUUCACCUUUCUAAGGACCGACGAACUAAAAACAGCCGAACAUGCGCUUAUCCGAUUGCUGCAGCAACAAUGCUUCCCGGAUGAAUGGAAACGACUGAAAGGUGGACAACAUGUUGCGAAAGGUUCUCGCUUGAAAUGGUUUCAUCCAAUGAUAUCUCCCAACGACAAUAUCAUUCGAAUCGGCGGUCGUCUCGGUCAAUCAAAUCAAUAUUACGACUUCAAGCAUCCCAUUUUGCUACCUGGAACUCACCGUCUGUCGAAAUUGCUACUCUCAUCAUAUCAUCUGAAGUUACUACAUGCAGCCCCCCAGCUACUGGUAAAUACUGUUCGAUUAAACUAUUGGCUACUGAGUGGAAGAAGUGUGGCACGGCAGAUUGUACACAAAUGCAUUACCUGUGUGCGCGCUAGACCGAAGCUCAUCGAACAAUUUAUGUCUGAGCUCCCAGCAGCUCGUGUCACGGCAGCUCGACCGUUUUCUCGCGUGGGCAUAGAUUUUUGGGGACCAAUACAACUUCAACCACGGCACCGGCGUGAUGUUCCAAUUAAGGCAUACAUUGCUGUCUUUGUCUGCUUUUCUACAAAGGCAGUUCAUAUUGAGCUCGUCUCAAAUUUGACUACAGCCAAAUUUCUGCAAGCCUUUCGACGUUUUGUGGCUCGCCGAGGUCUCUGCUCUGAAGUAUUCACGGAUAAUGGGAAGAAUUUUGUGGGCGCAGCGAAUGAGCUCAAGAAACUUAUACGAAGCAGCGAGUACAAGGAGCAAAUGGCACAAGAGUGUACGGAAAAUGGUAUCCGAUGGCACUUCAACCCUCCCAAAGGAUCUCAUUUCGGUGGGCUCUGGGAGGCGGCAAUACGGUCGGCUCAAAAGCAUUUCUCACGGGUCCUGGGAUCUCGACUGCUGGCGCACGACGAUAUGGAGACACUUCUAGCGCAAAUAGAAUGUUGUCUUAACUCUCGGCCACUCGUACCAUUGACCGACGAUCCUUCGGAUCUAGAGCCUUUAACCCCAGGCCACUUCCUUGUGGGCUCAGCUUUGAAGGCAGUACCAGACGUCAACCUUCUAUCGGUUCCGUACAACCGGUUAACCCAAUGGCAGUGUCGCGACGAGACCCCCCUGGUACUGGUCAACUGUGACUGGUCAAGCUAUUAG